UAUUAAUACACCAAGAAGUUAUAAAAUAGCUUCUGUUGGCCUAUAAUAAACUCAUUUACAAAAAUGAAAUUCACCUUAACGGUUGUGGCCAUUUUCGCCAUUUUGGCUUUGGCUAAAACUCAAGAGCAGCAGCUGACUAAGAAAGUGCCAGCCUUUGUAAAAUCAUUGAAGAAAUUACAAAGAGGUCCUCCAGAAAUUGAGGUAAACAGCAGAGCUGCUGUGGAAAUUAAAUGGAUUGAACAAAAAUUGGAUCACUUCGAUGAGGCGAAUGAAAAGACCUGGCAAAUGCGUUAUAUGGUAAAUGAAGAGCAUUUUGAGGCUGGUGGUCCCAUGUUUAUUUAUUUGGGCGGUGAAUGGGCCAUUUCUCCUGGUCGCAUUCAAAGUGGUAUUAUUCCCGAUAUGGCCCAGGAACAUAAGGGUAUUUUGUUUUAUACCGAACAUCGUUAUUAUGGUGAAAGUAAACCUACCAGCAAUCUUUUAGUCGAAAACAUUCAAUACUUGCAUGUCAAACAGGCCCUGGCCGAUUUGGCCCACUUCAUACGCACACAACGUGCAUCUGAUCCCCGUUUAGCCAACUCUAAAGUAAUCAUUUCCGGCGGCUCUUACUCAGCCACUAUGGUGGUAUGGUUUAGCAAACUCUAUCCAGAAUUGGUUAAUGGUGGUUUUGCCUCAAGUGCUCCGAUUUUGGCCAAAGUUGAUUUCAAAGAAUACGCAGAAGUUGUAGGAAAAGCUCUGCAGGAAUUGGGUUCCCAACAGUGCUACAAUCGUGUAAAGAAUGGUGUUGCCGAAUUGGAGGCCAUGUUUGCCGGUAAUCGUUCGGCUGAAGCUAAAGCCACGUUGCAGUUGUGUAAUUCUUUUGAUCAUCAUAAUGAUUUGGAUUUGUGGUCUCUGUUUGGCACCAUUUCAAAUAUAUUUUCGGGUAUUGUGCAAUAUCAAAAGGAAGGUGAAGUUCCUUAUUACUGCAACUACUUAAUGGAUUUUGAGGAUGAUUUAACUGCCAUAAGCACAUUCUUUGUGCGCUAUAUGGCUGAGGAAACAGGCUGUAUUGAUACAACAUACAAGGAUACAUUGGCCUAUUAUUUGGAUUCUACCUAUAAGAUGGGAGCUUCUCGCCCCUGGUACUUCCAAACCUGCAAUGAAUACGGCUGGUAUCAAAGCUCCGCCUCUAAGAAACAACCUUUUGGCAGCAAAUUCCCUGCCUUGCUUUACACCACCUUAUGUGCUGAUAUCUUUGGCUCCAAAUACACCAAUGAACACAUUCAUCAAUUGGUGGAUGAAACCAAUGAAUUCUUUGGUGGCAUGAAUCCGGAAGUGAAAAAUGUCUACAUGACUCAUGGAGCAUUAGAUCCCUGGAGUGCAAUGGGUCAUGGUGUGUCCGAGGGUGCCUCGGUUAUACCUCGUGCCUCUCAUUGUGCCGAUUUUGGUUCCAUAAACAGUUAUGAGAGUCCCGAAAUGACAGCCUCUAAGGAACGCUUAGUGGAAUUAGUGCGUGAAUGGUUGGCUUAAUAAAGAUUUAU